AUGAAAACCUUGAUUCUUUAUAUCCGGACUUUCACAUAUCUUGUAACAUUGUCAAAGACAGGAACACAUGCGAAGCAAAUCCAAGGCUUGGAUGCCCUGCGAUGGAUCGAUCCGUUGAUCGGCAGUAGGGAUGGCGGAAAUGUCUUCGCAGGUGCAACACUACCUUACAGCAUGGCAAAAGCCGUUGCAGAUGUAGACGGCGAGAAUACUGGAGGGUUCUCCACCGAUGGUAGCAACAUCACUGGAUUCUCGGCUUUGCAUGAUUCUGGAACCGGAGGAAACCCAAGCUUAGGCAACUUCCCUAUCUUUCCUCAAGUCUGCUCAGGCACUGAUAUCAACACAUGCGAGUUUUCAAUCGCAGCACGCGCAACUCAUUAUCGAAACGAAUCAGUCGAAGCACGCCCAGGCUACUUUGGGGUAACACUGGAAAACGGGAUACGCGCUGAUAUGACCGUCUCUGAACACGCUGCGCUCUUUCGCUUUAACUUCUCAGCAGCAUCUUUUCGAAACGAAAGUUACGAUCCGGUUGUAAUGCUUGAUCUGACAGAUUUAUGGGCGAGUCGCCAGAAUGCUUCCAUCACUAUAGAGGCGGACGGAGGCCAGAAGGUGGGCAGAAUGAAAGGCAAUGCCACUUUUCUGCCAAGCUUCGGGGCAGGUUCAUAUAUGGCCUACUUUUGCCUGGAUAUAUCUGGAGGGUCCGUCAAAGACUCUGGAGUAUGGGUCAAUGAUAGGGCUGGUGAACAACCAAAAGAGCUGCAUGUUACGCGUGGGUUCAACAAUUUCUAUGUUCAAGCUGGUGGCUUCAUACGCUUCAAUGGCCCACUUUCUGGACCACUAAUUGCGCGGAUGGGAUUAAGUUUUAUUAGCACUGACCAGGCUUGCCAGAGCGCUGGGAGCGAAAUUCCAAGGCCCGAUGCAGACUUCGAAACACUCGUUACAUCGGCCCAGAACGUAUGGCGCGAGAAACUCACUCCAAUAGUCAUCGAAACUGGCGACAUGGAAGACAACAUACAAACCAAUUUUUGGAGUGCGGUCUACCGUACCAUGAUUUCACCUCAGAACUACACUGGCGAGAACCCACACUGGCAAAGCAACGAACCAUAUUUUGAUAGUUUCUACUGUCUUUGGGAUAUGUGGCGCGUGCAACUACCUUUUCUCAGCGUCUUGGAACCAUUGCUCAUGUCUGGUUUGAUACGAAGUCUUCUUGAUACAUACAAAUACCGCGGCUGGUUACCAGACUGCAUGAUGAGCACCUGCAAAGGUUGGACACAGGGUGGUUCAAACGCUGACAAUGUUUUAGUUGAUGCCUACGUUAAAAACAUAAGCGGUAUAGACUGGGAACUCGCCUACGAAGCUAUCGUCAACGACGCGGAGAACGAGCCUUUGGAGUGGAGUAAAGAGGGUCGUGGUGGCCUAGCUAGUUGGAAAAACUUGAACUACAUCCCAGUUUCUGACUUCGACCCUUACGGUUUUGGCACAAACUCGAGGAGUAUAUCUCGAUCACUGGAGUAUGCUUACAACGACUAUAACCUCGCCGCUCUGGCAAAAGGUCUUGGUAAGAACACGACAGCGAAGUAUUUCUCUCGUGCGACAAACUGGCGAAAUCUUUUCAAGGCUGAUCAAACUUCUUCCAUCAAUGGUGUCGAUACGGGCUUUACGGGCUUUUUUCAACCGAAGAAUCUAAACGGAACCUGGGGCUACCAAGACCCUAUUGCCUGUAGUCCUUUGACGGACUUCUGUUCGCUGACGUCCAACCCUUCCGAGACAUUUGAAAGCAGUGUAUGGGAGUACAUGUUUUUCGUACCUCACGAUAUCAGGGGAGUUAUUGAGUUACUCGGUGGCGAUGAGACAUUCCAGCGCAGACUAGACUACUUCCACACGAGUGGUCUAGCGGAUAUUGGAAAUGAACCAGUUUUUCUCACUGUAUACCUAUCGCACUUUGCAGGGAGGCCGGCGCUCAGUGCCGAGAGAGCGCAUUACUACAUCCCAUCACGAUUCAACGCCACACCCGCCGGACUUCCAGGCAACGACGAUUCCGGUAGCAUGGCAUCCUUCACGCUCUUCAGCAUGCUUGGUCUCUUCCCAAACCCAGGCCAAAAUGUCUACUUUAUUAUUCCUCCCUUCUUCCCUUCCAUAUCCAUUACCAAUAAGCUUACAAACGCCACUGCUACUAUACAUAACACCAAUUUCGACAAAGAGUACAAGAACAUCUACAUUCAGAGCGCUAAGUUGAAUGGCAUGGUGUAUACGAAGAAUUGGAUUGGACAUGAGUUCUUCACACAGGGUUGGACGUUGGAGCUCGUGUUGGGGGACACGGAGAGUGAUUGGGGUACGAAGAUGGAGGAUAGACCGCCGAGUAUGUCAGACGGACAAGAGGCGGUGGAUAAUGGUCUGAAUGUUGGGUAA